UUAAUUGUCUUUUUGGGGUUAAUAAAAGUUAAAUUUUUUUUAUUAAAAGAUAAAAAUUUGGUUUAUUAAGAUUUAAAUUGAUUGAAUUAUUUAAUUAAAAUUGGAAAACUUAUCACAAAUAUUGAGUUUAUACCACUCUGUAAUAUUUUGAUUUAUAUAUUCACAAAUGCAGAAAGCUUCAUGUGAAGAAGAAUUAGCAAACCAAGAAAUAUUUUGAAAUAACUGCGUGUAAAAGUUUGUCCAAUAAUGUAUCGCAUGGAAAUUUUUUCGCAAUAAUUUUGGAAAAAAUCGUAUAAAUAUUAGAGUCUGGCCUACCUGUUCAACGAAAAGAAUAUUGUCUCGUCAGUUGCAACAACAGUAUCGACAACGACAACAACAAAUUAAGCAGAAAGACAAAAAUAGAUAAAAAAAUUCAAUAAAAUAAAAUAGUCUCACCAUAAAAAUAUGCCUCUCUCAAUGCAUCCAGCAAAAAAUUCUAAAAUGUCGACCGAACCGCCACCACCAGCACCACCAGCGUUACCACUACCAGAGCAGCCAACAGCCACAAACACACAGACGCUACCACCGACGCCACCAAGAACCAUAAAAUCGACACUAUCACUCAUAUUCAGGCGAAUCAGACCCUACCUCCUCGUCAUCUUCCUCAUCUUCAGCCUCAUCAUCGGCAUAGUGACCGGCAUCGUCAUGCGGAACAACAACGCGACUGCCGACUGGACCAGCCGACAAUUUAUCUACUUCAAAUUUCCAGGUGACCUUUUGAUGCGUGCCCUCAAGGCCCUCGUUUUACCCCUUAUCGUCUCCAGUCUCAUAUCCGGAUUGGCCUCCCUGGAUUUGAAAACUUCCGGCAAAAUUGGUGUUUAUUCUAUUGUCUACUACGUAUUGACAACCUGCUUAGCCGUGAUUAAUGGAAUAAUUUUAGUGACUUCCAUACAGCCUGGUUUCAAAGCAAAUUCAGCCACUAACCAAACUGCGGCUGAUAAGAAGACUGAGCAAGCAAGCAUGGGAGAUUCCUUUCUUGAUCUACUAAGAAACCUGAUUCCUGAUAACAUCGUCGAAGCAGCAUUCAGACAAUCGAAGACGAAACUAAUUCCGAUAACAAAUUCUUUCUUUCAUCCUGACAAUCACCACCAUUAUCAUCCUCAUCAUCAUCAUAACCACCAUUAUAAUCCAACGUUAUACGACAUAUCGGUAAUAAAGGAAGAUGGAUCGAACGUAUUGGGGCUUGUACUUUUCUCACUGGCCCUCGGUGUCGCUGUGGCCAAGCUGGGGGAGUUGGGGCGACCGUUUGCCCAGAUGUGCACCGGCCUGGCCGAGGCAUCCAUGAUUCUAGUGACCCUGGUUAUUUGGUACUCGCCCAUUGGAAUAAUCUUCCUAAUAGCCCAUGAAAUAAUUAGAAUGGAUAAUCCCAUGGCCAGUCUGUUUUCUUUGGGCUGGUACAUGUUGACGGUGUUGGUUGGCUUGUUAACGCACGGAUUCAUUGUCCUCCCUCUGAUAUAUUUCAUCGCCGUCAGGAAAAACCCUUUCCGGUACAUGCUCCAGAUGAGUCAGGCCAUGCUCACUGCCUUUGGCACUGCCUCAAGUUCUGCAACCCUUCCAGUGACCUACCGAUGCUUGGAGGAUAAUUUAAAAGUGGAUCGACGCGUGACUCGCUUCAUGCUGCCAGUCGGGGCGACCAUCAACAUGGAUGGCACGGCCCUCUACGAAGCGGUGGCUGCCAUCUUCAUCGCCCAAGCAAACCACCUUCACCUCAACAUCGCACAGAUCCUUGCUGUCAGUUUAACGGCAACAUUAGCAUCAAUCGGAGCAGCUAGCAUCCCACAGGCGGGCCUCGUGACCAUGGUCAUCGUACUCAGUGCUGUUGGACUUCCGGCCGAAGAAGUCACAAAAAUCCUGGCCAUUGAUUGGCUGCUAGAUCGCUUCCGGACGGCCAUCAACGUAGAAGGGGACGCAAUUGGGGCAGGCAUAGUCCACCACCUCUGCCGGAAACAACUGGACCAAGGGAUGGAGGACCCGACUGGAGAUGACGAAAUAGCCAUUGAAAUUACAAACGAUGGCCAUGAUGGGGGUAACCGUAGCAGUAGUGACGUUCGCGGCGACAAUGACGUUCGCGGUGGCAGGCGUAGGGGUAGCGGUGGCGGUAAAGAAUUCGAAAAUCGAGUUAAGAAUGGUGGCCAUCUUUCAAAUUUCAAUAAGAAUUCGACGCUCGAGAGCGGAAAGGCAUACCUCAUAGAUGCGUAUGACGUCAUCGAUGAUUACGAAAAUUAUAAUAAUAAUAAUAAUAAUAAAAAUAAUAAUAAUAAAAAUAAUAAUAAUUACAAUAAAAAUAACAAAAAUGUCGUAAACAACGGUGAUGUUGUAUAUCUCGAUCGUGGUACUGAUGACGGUGAUGAUGAUGAUGAUGGUUGUGGUGAUGGUAAUGAUCUCUAUAUGACUUCCGUUUAGAUCAAUCGAGAUACAUUUGCAAUGGUGAUGAUAAUUUAUUAAUUUUGACCGAUCGUUCGUUUACUCUGAUUAUAUUCUUAGUGUUAAUUUGUUAUCUUUGGUUCGCUAAUUAUGAUGAAACCUGGUGUUGAAAGUUUUUUUUUCUUUAUUUUGGAUGAUUUUGUGUGUAAAUUGUUUCGAAAUAGUUUCAGGUUUAAAGUUAAUUUCAAUAUAAAAAAAACAAA